AGAUCAGAACAAUAUUUCUGUGGAUAGUGGAGGAAAAACACUGACAUGAAGUUUUGACCAAUCAGCUCCCUGCUCUUCCAGACCCCUCCCCCUGACUUUUCUUUUUUUUUUGAAGGAGGGAGUAAAGCUCAGUGACAGACGGCUGCCCUGUUCGGCAUUACGAGUGCGUACAUUAACAUUUGGGAAAGAAAUGCCACAAACUACUUGUGUUUUGUUUUCAAAAACAAGUUGGAGAGGUUGACCUGCUUGCAGAUUGAAGAGGUAAACAUUUGAGAUGCCUUAGAGACUGACUGGAUUUUGGCUUUUUGAAAAUGAAAGUAAAGUUUUUCAACCAACUGAAAGAACAGGGAAGUGUGAAGUAGACUGAUUCUCGUGUUUGAAGACGGGUUUCAAAGAAGAAGAAACCUUACUUCGUUAAAUGUUAAAAUACAGAGUUUGGAGACGACUGCAAUCCGUUUUCUAACUUCAGUGAAAGUGUUGCGUGUGUGAAGGAGAGAAUGGCAGCAAGGCUCGAAGAGGAUCUUUCCUGUCCGGUGUGUUGUGAAAUCUUCAAGGACCCUGUUCUCCUGUCAUGUAGUCACAGUGUUUGUAAAGUCUGUCUGCAGCAGUUCUGGGAAACCAGAGGAUCCAGAGAAUGUCCAGUCUGCAGGAGAAGGUCAUCAAAGGAUUUUCUUCCCCCAAAUCUGGCUUUAAAGAACCUGUGUGAGACUUUCUUACAAGACUGGCAACACGCGUCUUGCCGUCUGCACAAAAAAAAACUUGAGUUCUUCUGUCAAGAUGAUCAGCAGCUUGUGUGCCUGAUGUGUCGAGACUCAAAAUUACACCAAGAUCACAACUUCCGUCCCAUCGGUGAAGCAGCAAUUAAUGUAAAGGAGGAACUCAUGGUCAAACUGCGUGAGAAGAUGAAGGCCUUUGAGAAGGCUAAAGACACCGUUUACCAAACAGCUGAGUGUAUUAAGACUCAGGCCAAACAAACAGAGAGGCAGAUCCAGAAGGAGUUUUGGGACCUUCACCAGUUUCUACGAGAUGAAGAGGCAGCCAGGAUAGCUGCACUGAGGGAGGAAGAGGAGCAGAAGAGUCAGAUGAUGAAGGAGAAGAUUGAGAAGAUGGGCGGAGAGAUCUCAUCUCUUUCAGACACAAUCAGAGCCAUAGAAAAGGAGAUGGAAGCUGAUGAUGUCACAUUCUUACAGAACUACAAGAGCACAGUGGAAAGAGCCCAGUGCACACUGCAGGAUCCAGAGAGGGUUUCAGGAGCUCUGAUCAAUGUGGCAAAACACCUGGGCAACCUGAAGUUCAGAGUCUGGGAGAAGAUGCAGGAGAUUGUUCAAUACACUCCUGUGACUCUGGAUCCCAACACUGCAACCCCAUGGCUCAUCCUGUCUGAGGAUCUGACCAGUGUGAGACGUGGUGAUAAGAGACAGCAGCUUCCUGAUAACCCAGAGAGAUUUGAUAAGUAUACUGGUGUCCUGGGCUCUGAGGGCUUUAACUCAGGGACUCACUGCUGGGAUGUGGAGGUUGGAGAGAAUACAUGUUGGUUUGUGGGUGUGAUGACAGAGUCUCUCCAGAGGAAGGGGGACUUUUACUCCAUGAGUGGACGGUGGUUUGUGUAUUAUAAAGAUGGUAAAUAUGGAGCACGUUCUACACCACACUCCCCUACUCUCCUCACAGUGAAGCAGAAACUCCAGAGGAUCAGAGUGCAGCUGGACUGGGACAGAGGAGAGCUGUCAUUCUCUGACUCUGAUAAUAACACACAUCUACACACUCUCACACACACUUUCACUGAGAGAGUGUUUCCAUACUUUAGUACACACUCUCCUCUGAGGAUGUUACCAGUGAGACCUUCAGUGAAAGUAGAGCUGCACAGCAAGAGAUGAUGUCACUUCCUUUUGCCAGGUUAAUAAUGACUUGUUCAUGGUGUUAAAAUGUCUUCAUGCAUUAUGAUUUCUGAAUGACCUGUUCUGUAGCUACUGCCUUAAGAAUACCCAAAGGUAGAUUAAGGAUCACAUGAUCUGAAGACAGCAAAUACUCCAGAAAUAUGGUGUUCAUGAUUAUAAAUGGAACGGAGAAUCUGUAACCCAUUUAAGCGCAUGGGUUGUGAUGAUCGUACAGUUAAAAUCAUCAUGAUUUUCUAAAGAGAAUAAUAUUUUACUUUCUUUUCCAAACACUAACUGAAGUUGGUGAAUUUAGCCAUAGUUUACCAACAACCCUUUUGAAUAACGGAGGUCCUGAAACAGUGGAGCAGCUCAGAAAAAUGA